GGCGGAGCUCCGCUCCCGGCCCGCGCCGCCGCCGCCAACUUCUCCGGAGGGGACCAGAAGUUUCUAGCCGGCCAGUUGCUGCCUCCCUUUAUCUCCUCCUUCCCCUCUGGCAGCGAGGCGGCUAUUUCCAGACACUUCCACCCCUCCCGGGCCACGUCACCCGCUCCUUUAAUUCAUAAAGGUGCCCGGCGCCGGCCUCCCGGACACGUCGGCGGCGCGCACGGCUCCAGCUCCGGCCGCGGCCCGCGAGCGACUCGGCGCCCGGAGGCCCCGCACCCCGUGACUCGGCACCCCGCACCCCGGCGGCCUCCCUUCCGGGCCGACCCCGACCCAGCAUGAGCGCUGCCACCCACUCGCCUAUGAUGCAGGCGGCGUCCGGCAACGGCGACCGCGACCCCCUGCCCCCCGGCUGGGAGAUCAAGAUCGACCCGCAGACCGGCUGGCCCUUCUUCGUGGACCACAACAACCGCACCACCACGUGGAACGACCCGCGCGUGCCCCCCGAGGGCCCCAAGGAAACUCCGUCCUCUGCAAAUGGCCCUUCCCGGGAGGGCCCCAGGCUGCUGCCCGCUAGGGAAGGCCACAUUGUGUACCCCCAGCUCCGACCAGGCUACAUUGCCAUUCCCGUCUUCCACGAAGGCGCCGACAGCCGGCCGCCGCACCAUUUCUUUGCCGCUCCGCAGCCCGGGGCGCAGCGAUUCCGAACGGAGGCCGCCCCGGCUCCUCAGAGGUCCCAGUCCCCUCUGCAGGCGGCGGACACCGCCCCGCCGGACAGACAGUGCGGACAGGCGGGAGCAGCUGCGGCUGCCCAGCCCCCAGCCUCCCACAGACCCGAGCGAUCCCAGUCUCCAGCCACCUCGGACUGCUCGUCCUCGUCCUCCUCGGCCAGCCUGCCCCCCUCCUCCGGCAGGAGCAGCCUGGGCAGCCACCAGCUCCCCCGGGGCUACAUCCCCAUCCCUGUGAUCCACGAGCAGAACGUCUCCCGGCCGGCAGCCCAGUCCUCCUUCCACCAGGCCCAGAAGACCCAUCACCCAGCCCAGCAGGGUGAAUACCAGACCCACCAGCCCGUGUACCACAAGAUCCAGGGGGAUGAGGGGGAGCCCCGGCGGGCAGCAUCCCCGUUCCGGUCGCCUGUCCUCGGUGCGUCCAGCCGGGAGAGCUCUCCAGCCAGAGGCAGCACACCAGUGCCCUCCCCGUCGCCCAUGCGUGUGCACACUGUGGUCAACAGGCCUCAGCAGCCCAUGACCCAUCGAGAAGCUUCGUUUGUCCCACAACCUGAAAACAAACCAGAAAGCAGACCCGGCCCAGCGGGCUCAGAUCUCCCUGCUGGACACGUCCCGAUUCAGGUGAUCCGAAAGGAGGCGGAUUCCCAGCCUGCUGCUCAGAAGCCCCCACCUCCUUCGGAGAAGGUGGAAGUAAAGGUUCCUCCUGCUCCGGCUCCCAGCCCCGCUCCGGCUCCCAGCCCCGUUCCUGCUGCUGUCCCCCCGGCCCCCAAGAAUGUGGCUGCAGAAGAGAGGGCAGCCCCCAGCCCUGCCCCAGCAGAAGCCGCACCCCAAAAGCCAGGAGAAGCGGAGGCACCCCCCAAGCAUCCAGGUGUGCUGAAAGUGGAAGCCAUCUUGAAGAAGGUGCAGGGGCUGGAGCAGGCUGUGGACAGCUUCGAGGGCAAGAAGACGGACAAAAAGUACCUGAUGAUCGAAGAGUAUUUGACCAAAGAGCUGCUGGCUCUGGAUUCGGUGGACCCUGAAGGACGAGCUGAUGUCCGUCAGGCCAGGAGAGAUGGAGUCAGGAAGGUUCAGACCAUCCUGGAGAAACUUGAACAGAAGGCAAUCGAUGUCCCAGGUCAAGUCCAGGUUUAUGAAUUCCAGCCCAGCUCCCUUGAAAGCGAUCCGCCACUGCAGGAAAUCAUGGGUGCCGUGGCCGCAGACCAGGGUAAGAAAAGUGCCGGAAAUGGGGAAGAUCCCAAAGCCGAAGCCCAGCAGCCAGAUGCCAAAGCAGCGGCCACUCCAAACCCUGGCAGCACGACAGACACAGCUGGUGAGCCAGCACCACCAUCUCAGUAAAAAGCCGCGUGGAGCCUGGGAACUGAUUGUGUGCGUUAGGAAGUUCUCAGUUGCAUGCAUUUCAGGGACUUGAAAUCAAUAGGUUUUUACUAUUCAUAGCCGCUUGGUACGCAGUAACCCGGGUGGAGGCAAAACAGUAAAAAGGUUAAAAGGGAAAUGAUGCUUUUCUCCAGUAUUCUUGUGCUGUACAAUAAAGAAGUUGCUUGUUUCAAAAGUUAACAGCGCUUGUUGCUUCGGGGCCCGCCCUCUGCAUGGGCCCCACAUGUUAGCCGGGGUUGGAACUGUCUUCCUGUAGCUCUGGACUGGAGGAGUUUGGGGGGGGAGUAGAUGGGAAGUUUCCCAUCACAAAUAUGAAACCUGUUUUUCAGAAAUGUUGCCAUUUUAAAUGGGAUGAUUUUCUUCAUCUCAAAGCUAAAAUGCCUAAUUUAGAGCAAAAUGUGUAAGGAGCCAUAGGAAUUUCUGUAUGUUGGAUGACUUUAAUGUUACAUUUUAAAAAAGGAAAAUAAAGUAAUAAUAUGA